AUGGGAGCAAAUUCAAGUUCAUCUGAGGGAUUAGCCAACAAUCGAGAAGAGCGGGAAAGAGUGAGGGAAGAAACUCCGUUCAGACUUCUCACAGUUAGAAUAAUGAAAGCCAGAAAUAUACAGAAGGCAGACACGUUUACUGAAUCUGAUUGCUAUGUGACUCUUUCAUUACCAACUGCUUCAAGUGAAGUAGUUCGGACUGAAACUAUUCCCAAUUCAAAAAAUCCAGAGUGGAAUCAAGCUUUCACCUAUAGGAUCGACAACCGUAUAAAAAAUACUCUACACUUGAAGCUCUGUGAUGAAGAUACAUUUACCAAAGACGAUCAUCUUUACACAGUUCUCUUUGAUGUUGGAAAACUGCGUACAGGACAAACUACUCGUGUGAGCUUCAAAUUAAAUCCUGAAUCAGAAGAAGAGCUGGAUGUUGAAUUCAAGUUGCAAAACAUCCCAGAUCAUCCUGAAAACAUCAUUACAAAUGGAAUAUUGGUGUCACGCGAACUUUCAUGUCUGGAGGUUAGAGUGGAUAUUGAGAAACUGAAGCAACAAUUCACAAGUGAGGUCAUUGCAUUAUUAACUGAAGAUGAAUUAACACUUACAGUCAAGGGUUCUUUUGAGGAAACACAGAAGAUUUCACUGGCUCCUGAUUCCAGCCAGAGUAAUAGUAACAUCAUUCAGUUUCACUGUAUCAAGAAUUAUCAGUCAAAUCUGGAGAUCACCUUACCUACAGAAAUGUUUUGGUCAAAGCUGGCUUCACUUAAAGGAAACUCAGGAUAUUCUUCUACUGUGAUUUUGCCUUUGACUGAACUUCCCAUACAAGAGAAAAUAGUGCUAGGAGAGAAUGAAUCUUUUGAUCUGCAUGUGAAGGCAAAAGACUGCCCAAAAGACCUCAAUGUACGCUUAGGGUGUGAUUUGGGUGCAGAAGAACAAGUCUUCCUAAGGAAGAGAAAGAAGUACGUUGCUGCUGCCCUGAAGAAGGUUCUUCAGCUACAAGAAGAACUGAAGGAUGAUGAGGUACCAGUAAUUGCAAUAAUGACAACUGGUGGUGGAACCAGAUCCUUUACAGCAAUGUAUGGAAGCCUUCUGGGUCUGCAGAAACUGAAUCUGUUAGAUUGUAUUACAUACAUUACGGGUUUAUCUGGCACAACAUGGACCAUGGGUAAAUUAUAUGAAGAUCCUGAUUGGUCACAGAAAUACCUGGAAGAAGCCAUUAAUGAAGCCCGAAGACAUGUGACCAAAUCUAAAUUUAACUGUUUUUCAAUUGAUAAGCUGAAGUAUUAUUAUAAUGAGCUGAGCCAAAGAACCAAAGAAGGACACAGAACUUCUUUCAUAGACCUUUGGGGCCUUGUCAUUGAGUCCAUGUUACAUGAUGAGAAAGACAAUCACACACUUUCUGAUCAGCGCGUGGCUGUGAGUGAGGGUCAGAAUCCUUUGCCCAUUUACUUGGCAGUCAACCUAAAAGACAACUACAGUGCUCAAGAUUUUAAAGAAUGGCUAGAAUUCACUCCUUAUGAGGUUGGAAGUAUAAAACAUGGUGCAUACAUCUGUUCAGAAGAUUUUGGGAAUGAAUUUUUCAUGGGACGAUUGAUGAAGAAGUUCCCAGAAACUCGGAUCUGCUUCAUGCAAGGUAUGUGGAGCAGUAUAUUUUCUUUGGAUUUAAUCUAUUUCUGGAAUUUAGCUAAUAACUCAGAAGAAUUCUGGUAUAGUUGGACAAGAGACAGAGUGCAAGACAUUGAUGAUUCUCUUCUGCCUUCAAAACCACAUGAGCUGGACUCUCGCCUACUCACUUGCCAAAGCCAAUUUUCCUCUACUCUCCGAGAUGUUUUAACUGGACGCCCAACAAUAGCAGAAUAUCCUAAUUUCCUGAGGGGAUUCCAGUUUCAUGAUGAAUACUUGAAGAAUGACCAUUUUUCUGCAUGGAAAGACUCUGUGCUGGACUCUCGACCUAACCUACUGAUGGAAACAGCAGACCAAACUUUGUCUCUGGUGGAUACUGGGUUUUUCAUCAAUACCAGUUACCCACCCCUUUUAAGACCAGAGAGAAAAGUGGAUGUUAUACUGCAUUUAAAUUAUAGUGGGGGAGUACAGACUUCG